CUCUUCAUAAGUACGCAUUCAAAGAGACCGAAUACAAAAGGCAAAUUCCGUGGCAAACACUCGAUUUGUUUUGCAAAUGGCGCGUUUCUGAUGGGGGUCUUUUUUUUCUAGUGUUUUGCUUUUGUUGCAACCAAUGCUGGGUGGGGAUUGACUGGAAGAGGCCAUCGUGGGUUGACCGAUUAGUACUCACAAAGUUCGAUCGGGGGAGGUUUGUGAUAUUCUGUCAUACUUCGGACUAGAGAUACUGGAUUUUGAGAGUCGGCGGCACCCAGAUGAUAUAAGCACCUAUAAUGCUCAUAUCAUUGCCUUCACACUGAGCACGCAUAAUCAUUGCAUGGCAAUGGGACUGAGACUGAGACUGGUACUGGGACUGAGACCAUUGGGACCAUUGCUGUCAAUGUUAGAGAUCUUCGCUUGGCCACACACAAAUUAGCAUUUGUAAUUGCACAUCGUCUCGACUCAUUUAGCAAGUCGCUUUGUUAUCGCUAAUAUGGAAGGAAGGUAAUUUCAGGACCAUUACAUAAUUGACAUGAUCUGAUUUCGUGUCGCCAUGAGUCAUGCCAUAGAUAGUGGACAUUCGGCAAGUAAAGCUCUUUUGAAGCCUCGAAAUUGUGAAAUUAAUUAUCUCUUUUCUUACAUUCAGUGAAUUUGUCUCCUCAGAUUGGAAAAUCAUAUGUUCUUACAAUUUGACAAGUGGUGCUAUAAAGAUAUAUAACUUUAUUGUUUCUUGGAUGCAGAUGGUAUAAAGAAAUAAGCGAUUGGAUCUUAAGAAGCAAAACACGACACCCAAUUAAUGAUGAGCUCACCAACAAGAGAAGACACCAAUAUGUGUCAAGACUACCUUUGGGGUCAUAGUUCAUGUUUCCCAUAUACACUUUUUAAACGCCGAUGAAGUUUAAGACUUGCUGAUGAUUGGAGUCAAAUAAUUAUAAAGGGUAAUCACGUUUGGCAAUCGUCAUGGUUCUUCAAGUCAAAUGCAUAAAAACUGACACAAACAGGAGCAAACAACACACGUGAAUUGGAAAGGGACGAAGGAACUAUAAUUGCACAACAAACCUGAUUGUCGGGUUUUUUUAUUAAAUGGGUGGAAAGAGCAGCGACAAGAGCAGGAGAAGCACGGCUAUUCGCGAGCUUAGAGACCAUACCCACUGUCCUCCGGGACAUUAAUUAAUCACGGCCUUGUCAUUCGCAAGGAUCGAGGAGUGGCCAAAACGGCCAAACAAACAGGAGUACAGGAGUACUGGAGUACAGGAGUACAGGAGACUGGAGAAGGGUGCAGAAAUCAAAUUAACAGUGCGUCAAAAGGAUUAACCCCGUGCAGCCAAGGCAGCCAAGGGCAGGAGCAGGGAUUGGAGUUGGAGUUGGAGCACGGAGCACGUAGCACGAGUAAACCAACCGACCGACCCGAGAUCCACAUUCCAGGGUCAGCGGGUUACGCAGUUUGGAGCUUAGUUUGCAGCGUAGUUGCGAAGCUGCCUCCUUUGGCACGUGUUCGGCGGCUCGUCGUCGCGGAUUAGCGAUAAAUCCCGAUACAGCCGCACCACAACGAACGACAAAUCACAGCCAGAAACACACCCACAUCCACAACCACAUCCACAACCACAUCCACAGCCAGAUUCAGAUUCAGACCCACAGACACAGACACAGACAUCGACAUCGACGCAGACUUGGAGCCACAAGCAGCGAUGAUGGGCAACAGAGCGGAGGGGAACGGACGACUGGGCAUCCUCCUGCUGCUGGGAGUGCUGGUGGUGCUGAUGGCACUGCCACCACCCACGGCGGGCACCACCGACUGGAUGCAGAGCUGCGGCACCUGCCACUGCCAGUGGAACUCGGGCAAGAAGAGCGCCGACUGCAAGAACAAGGCGCUCACCAAAAUACCGCAGGACAUGAGCAAUGAGAUGCAGGUGCUGGACUUUGCCCACAACCAAAUACCGGAGCUGCGGCGCGAGGAGUUUCUACUGGCCGGGCUGCCCAAUGUGCACAAGAUCUUUCUGCGCAACUGCACCAUCCAGGAGGUGCAUCGCGAGGCGUUCAAGGGACUGCACAUACUCAUCGAGCUGGACAUGUCGGGCAAUCGCAUACGGGAACUGCAUCCGGGCACGUUCGCCGGCCUGGAGAAGCUGCGCAACGUGAUCAUCAACAACAACGAGAUCGAGGUGCUGCCCAACCAUCUGUUCGUCAACCUGAGCUACCUGUCACGCAUCGAGUUCCGGAACAAUCGCUUGCGCCAGGUGCAGCUGCACGUCUUCGCCGGAACGAUGGCGCUGAGCGCCAUUUCGCUGGAGCAGAAUCGCCUCUCCCAUCUGCACAAGGAGACGUUCAAGGAUCUGCAGAAGCUGAUGCAUCUGUCGCUGCAGGGCAACGCGUGGAACUGCAGCUGCGAGCUGCAGGACUUUCGCGACUUUGCCAUCAGCAAGCGUCUCUAUACGCCGCCCACCGACUGCCAGGAGCCGCCCCAGCUGCGCGGCAAACUGUGGAGCGAGGUGCCAUCGGAGAACUUCGCCUGCCGACCGCGCAUCCUCGGCUCCGUGCGCUCCUUCAUCGAGGCGAAUCACGACAACAUCUCGCUGCCCUGCCGCAUCGUCGGCAGUCCGCGUCCCAAUGUCACCUGGGUGUACAACAAGCGGCCAUUGCAGCAAUACGAUCCCCGGGUGCGCGUCCUCACCUCCGUGGAGCAGCUGCCGGAGCAGACCACCCAGGUGCUCACCUCGGAGCUGCGCAUCGUUGGCCUGAGGGCCUCCGACAAGGGCGCCUACACCUGUGUGGCGGACAACCGUGGCGGACGUGCGGAGGCCGAGUUCCAGCUGCUCGUGAGCGGCGACUAUGCCGGCGCCGUUUCCGCCUCCGAUGGCAUGGGCAUGGGCGCCAUUGGAGCACCAACCCUGGAUCCGCAGACGAACAUGUUCCUCAUCAUCUGCCUGAUCAUCACCACGCUGCUGCUGCUCGUGCUUGUGGCGGUGCUGACGCUCUUCUGGUACUGCCGUCGCAUCAAGACCUACCAGAAGGACACCACCAUGAUGAGCGGCGACGGCCUGAUCUCCUCCAAGAUGGACAAGACGCACAACGGCUCCAUGCUCGAGGGCUCCGUCAUCAUGGAGAUGCAGAAGAGCCUCCUCAACGAGGUUAAUCCCGUCGAGAAGCCGCCACGCCGCACCGACAUCGAGAGCGUGGAUGGUGGCGACGACGUGCUCGAGAUCAAGAAGACGCUGCUCGACGACACCGUCUAUGUGGCCAAUCACUCGCGCGAUGAGGAGGCCGUCUCAGUGGCCAUGUCGGAUACGACGACCACGCCCCGAUCUCGACACACCUACGUGGAUGAUGCGUACGCAAACAGCUUGCCACCGGAUCUGCUGGCCUUUCCCGCCCGCGUGCCGCCCACCUCGCCCUCGAUGCAGUCCUCGCAGUCGAACAUUCCCGACCAGGUGAUCUACGGCAUCCGCUCGCCGCCGUCGCUGACCAGUCCGGUUUACACGCACAUGACGCCGCACGGCAUCUACGGCACCAAGACGAUGACGGCACCGCACAACGGCUUCAUGACGCUGCAGCAUCCCAAGUCGCGCAACCUGGCGCUCAUCGCCACCGCCAAUAGCAGUCGCCAGCACCAGCACCAGCAUCACCACCAACUGCAGCAGCAUCAGCAGCAGCAGCAACAGCAGCAGCAGCAACAUCCGCUGGCCACCACAUCGCCCUUCCUGCCCGCACCGGUCGUCUACUCGCCGGCCACGGGCGUGGUCAUGAAGCAGGGAUACAUGACCAUUCCGCGCAAGCCGCGCGCCCCCAGCUGGGCGCCCAGUACGUCCGGCGCCGCUGGCCACGGAACCAUUCAGCUAAGUGAGUUCCAGAGCCCCACAUCGCCGAAUCCCAGCGAGACGGGCACCGCCACCACAGCGGAACUGCAGGCGGAGCCCGUGUACGAUAAUUUGGGACUGCGCACCACCGCCGGUGGCAACUCCACCCUCAAUCUGACCAAGAUCGCCGGCUCGCAGGCCGCUGGUCAGCAGUACUCGAUGCGGGACCGGCCACUUCCGGCCACGCCCAGCCUCACAUCGGUGUCCUCGGCGACCAAUGCCAGCAAGAUUUACGAGCCCAUACACGAGCUAAUACAGCAGCAACAGCAGUUGCAACAGCACCAGCAGCAGCAGCAGCAGCGACUGGGCUCCAUGGACACGGAACCCCUGUACGGAGUUCGGCAACAGGGGAUCACGAUACUGCCCGGCUCCAGCAUUAGUGGGGCCGGACUGGGCCACGCCGCCUACCUAUCACCCGGCUCGGGUGCUGCCGUCUCGCCGAGUCACGCCAGCAGCAGCGGCGACUCCCCGAAGGCCGCCAAGAUCCCACCACGCCCACCACCGAAGCCCAAGAAGAAGAUGUCCGUGACGACGACGCGCAGCGGCCAGGGCAGCACCAGCCAGCUCUUCGACGACGAGGGCGAGGAUGGCACCGAGGUCUAGUUUGGCACCCACGGCGAUCCCCAUCGUGAUGCACUAUAACCAAUUGAAUCGAGAUGCGAUGGAAUGGGAUGUCGCUGCUGACAGCGAGCAGCAGUAGAUGCGGAUCGAGGCAUGGGGAAUCCAUGGCGGGCUAAAAGCUGGAGCUGAUAACUUUAUUGCGUAGAGGGAAGGGUUGCAGCCCCCAGUCGACAACAAAAUACAAAAUACAAAAUACAACAUCAACAUCAACAUCAACAUGAACAUCAACAUCCGCUGUUGCGGCUUGUAAAAAUAGCCGGCGGAAGGAUUCUGUUCCGUGGUUCACGCCACUGCGUGACUUGUGUGCCAAACGACUGAUGUAGGUUUUAGUAAUUAAAUCGAUGAACAUGCAACACAACAGGCAAGAAAGGCAAAUGCGACGAGCAAUGUGUAAUCGUCAACGAGUUAGAUGAUGGUUACAUGGUUAAAAAGCAAAUAGACAGAGACUCAAAUCCGUUAGGGCGAUUUAGAGUCGCAUUUAGAAGCAUAAAAUCCCAAAUUCGUAUAGGCGGAUUAUACGUAAAACCCAAUUUUAAAACCACCUUUUUUUGUGUAGACUAUAGCUAGUUCGGUACAAAAUGCAUUAUUCGUAUAUAAAGAGACAUACAUAUAUAUACACACCACACACAAUUUUAAACUUAUAUGAACCCUAGAACAAGAAAUAUCCUAUUAUGAACAAGUAUACAUAAAGAACUUUCAAAUCAACGACAGUUUGUUUAAGCGCAAUGAAGAGGAAUAAAACACUUAAUUUUUUCCAAAUUUUUUAAAAUUGUAAAUGUAAAGGCAUACAGUUAAUCGCAUUAGGCUACCAUAUAUAGAUACAUAUAUAUAUAUAUUAAUGAUAUAUACUUAUAUUAGUGUAAGGAACCACUUGCAUCCUUAAUUUUUUUUUUUAGUUUUACGAAAGCCACCACGCGAUUCGGGAAUUAAACUACAUGAAAGUAUAUUUAUAGCGGGUAAGUUUGUUAAGUGCGUUUAGCGGUAGGAUAAAGAGUUUGCAUUCGCAAUUAAAACAAUGAAUUGAAACUUCUAUGUAUACAUAUAGUCUAGAGGGAGGGCGCGCAGCUAUAAUUACGAUUGUACUAGUUAUAAAGGCAUAUUAAAUAAAUUUGUAUGUACAUGGACUCACGUAUGACAUUCUAGGCAUUAAAUAUACACCCAAUCUCCCAUUACCACAACCACUGCGAAGAAACGAGGAGUUAUAGGCAAGGCGUUGGCUUAUAUCCAUGUACCAUUUCCGCGAAAACACUCCAAAACCGUCAAAUUACCUUCACCCGACUCAUUUAGUAUCCAAACGAACGCAUAUGCAAGGCAUCCAUCAUCAGUACGAAUAUACCCGCAAAGUAAUGUGAAGUCCAAUGGGUAACAUUGGACAGUACAGAAACGACUACUUUACUACGCUGGUGGUAAAGUUGCAGUUGAGUCCGUUCUUUGCCAUGCUGUACGAUAUUUCCCAAUCAACCUGCAUUUUCCUAUUAUUUAUACCAAUUAUACGCCUAGUUUCCUGCAGCGCACUGGCAAUCCACUGGCAUGCAGAUGCGUUUUUAUUUAAUAAAAAUGCACUCUCAGGCACUGCCAAACUACUUCAUUUCGAGCGUGUGGGGGAAAUAGACGAGGACACUCUAAAGGAAAUGUGGCUUGUUGCCCCAGGCAGGCCUGAAAAAAGAAAUACCGGAGAGUUAAGAGCCAGUGCUUUCAAUAGAUAUAGACGUGUAAAGAACCGCCCCAAACUUGCCCCUAGAAAAUCGUUACUUGAUGUGGGUUUACUAGGAGAAUCAACGAAACUACGAGUGUACACCCCCAACCCAUACUUGGUUUUAAAUAAGCAAAAGUAUUACGUAAAUCAUAAGUUACCUUAACAUUUUUAUUGUGCUCGUCUUUUUUUUGUAUUCGCAGUUAUUUACAGAGUAAUUAUUUAUAAAGUUUGCUUUCGAAUUUGGACAAACGCAACAUGAUUGUAAUAAAUAUCUCAGAAAUUCAAUGCUCUAUACAGGCAUUUUGUAAAACCACAAACAGAUACAGAAACAGAAAGAAAUACAAAAAAAUAUUGUAACGUUGCGAACAAUUUGUUCAAUUUAGCUCAAAAUCAAAACAAUUAUAAUUAUAAAUUGUAAUCUAACUGUAAUUGCUAGAAGGGUUCUUAUAUAUACGUUUUUUUUAUCAUUUUGCAUAAUUUGCCUAACAUAUAAAAUAUUGAAAUAAACUAUGAAUAAAAGGAAUCCAACCAA